ACGAUACUUCAAUUUUGAAGGAGAAAAAAAUUUAUCCCAUUUCUCAAUCAUAAAAAAAAAUUUGUCGGACGAGAAGAACAGAAAUGAAUUAAUAGUUUUGCAUGCCAAUUAGUAAAAAUUUCGACGCGUUUUUAUCACGAAAACUUGGCCGGAUUACUCAUAAGAUAAAUUAAAUAGUUUAAGUAACGGGACAACAAAUUUAUGUGAAACAUGAGUGCAAAAAUAUUUUAGGAAAAAACGAAGACGAGAAGAGAAAAAAAUUCUUGUGGAAGGAAUAUAAAAUUUUAUUGAAACAUAAAUUCUUAUAGGAAUACGAAUCUAGUUCUAAUAACAUAAGCAUUAAAAAGUCUAAUUGCAACGGUGCGAAUAAAAGUUCAAGGAGUUGUUGAGUGAUUGUAAAAGUGGUUCAACAGAAUAUUUUUCAGUAGCAGUGUUCUCUUAUCGUCUCUGUGCUACUGCUGUUGCCUGCUCUUCAUCAAUCUCACUAGUUAUUCAUCGUCGUAGUCUAUUUAUCUAGUUAAAAGAGUGCUGAAAUUCAGGAAGAUAUCGCAGAGUGUGUGUGAGAGUGUCGAAGAAAGAUCACGAGAAAAUGUCGUCAGUUAAGCAGCAAGAACAAUCAUCAUUAGACCAAAGUCAAACACAGCAACGUGAAUCUGAAACGCCACAAUCUAAGCCAUCAACUACUGAUAGGGUUGUAGAUAGCGUUAAAUUUCCACCAAAACAUAAAUUAACCGCUGCUGAAGUCUUUGUUGGACGUAAUGGGCAGCCAAACUUGGAUCUUCUCAAGAAGUACUUCAUCGCUGAAGGUCGUCUCGAUGAGACGGCUGCAUUGCGCAUCAUACAGGAAGGCGCUGCACUUUUGAAAGCUGAGAAUACAAUGAUUGAUAUUGAAGCGCCAGUUACGGUCUGCGGUGAUAUUCACGGUCAAUUUUUCGAUCUAAUGAAGCUCUUUGAGGUUGGCGGAUCACCAGCAACGACCAAAUAUCUCUUUCUUGGUGAUUAUGUUGAUAGAGGCUAUUUUAGCAUAGAGUGCGUACUUUACUUGUGGGCACUGAAGAUUUGUUAUCCAACAACAUUAUUUUUAUUGCGGGGCAAUCAUGAAUGUCGGCAUUUGACUGAAUAUUUUACUUUUAAGCAAGAGUGUAAAAUUAAAUAUUCAGAACGUGUCUACGAUGCGUGCAUGGAUGCUUUCGAUUGUUUGCCAUUAGCUGCAUUAAUGAACCAGCAAUUCUUGUGCGUGCACGGCGGACUAUCGCCGGAAAUUCAGGAUUUGGAUGAUAUCCGAAAGCUUGAUCGCUACAAAGAGCCGCCAGCGUAUGGGCCGAUGUGCGAUUUAUUGUGGUCGGAUCCAUUGGAAGAUUUUGGCAAUGAAAAAAAUACGGAUUUCUAUUCACACAAUACUGUUCGUGGUUGUUCUUACUUUUACAGCUAUCGGGCGUGUUGUGACUUUUUGCAAAACAACAAUUUGUUAUCCAUCAUUCGUGCUCAUGAAGCUCAAGAUGCUGGGUAUCGAAUGUAUCGAAAGAGUCUCACAACUGGUUUUCCAUCGCUUAUAACAAUAUUCUCAGCACCUAACUACUUGGAUGUGUACAAUAACAAGGCUGCUGUCUUAAAAUAUGAAAAUAAUGUAAUGAACAUAAGACAAUUCAACUGUUCGCCACAUCCCUAUUGGCUUCCAAACUUUAUGGAUGUUUUCACUUGGUCGCUGCCAUUUGUCGGUGAGAAAGUUACGGAAAUGCUGGUUAAUGUACUUAACAUUUGCUCCGACGAUGAGUUGAUGAGUGAAGGUGACGAUACUUUGGAGGAAGGUAAUGCAGCUAAUUUGCGUAAAGAGGUCAUUAGAAAUAAAAUUCGUGCAAUCGGUAAAAUGGCACGAGUAUUUUCUGUGUUAAGAGAAGAGUCAGAAUCUGUAUUACAAUUGAAGGGAUUAACACCAACUGGAGCUUUGCCAUUGGGAGCGUUAUCAGGAGGAAAAGCAUCACUUAAAAAUGCAUUACACGGUUUCUCACCGAAUCAUAAAAUCGCAUCAUUUGCUGAAGCUAAAGGUCUCGAUGCAAUUAACGAGCGUAUGCCACCUCGUAAAGAUGCACCACCCACGCCCUCAGAUGAUAAACCAUCAUCGACGCUGAAGGUUGAUGGAAGCAAAUCGGAGAAAGCAACCAACAAUCAUUCUUAAAUCAAAGCUCGAAAGUAAAUGGAACAAAAAAAUUAUUAUGCAAGAAAAAAAUAUAUUUAAAUUAUUAAGAAUUUGCCCCGUUACUUAAAAAAAAGGAAAGAAGAACGUAAAGAAAGAAAAUAAUUUUGAAGAAGAAAAGAAAAAAAGGAAAAAUUAAAAUGCUUCAUAAAUGUGCAAAACAAAAAUGCAAAUAUCUGAUCAAGAAAAAAAAAUAAGAAAAAGAAUGAAUGCUAAUCUUGAUAACACACGAGCGAAGCUUUUCCACUGCAUGCAACCUGUAGAUCGUUUCUUGAUUGCUAGUGGAACAUAUCAUGAAUGUGUGGACGAUCAGAUAAAAGUGUGGGCGUUGGGAAAGCGCUCGUUCAAACCAACAUGUUAUCAUCUUCUCUCUCUCUCUCUUUUACUCUCUAUCUCUCUCUAUCUCCUGUUUUUUAAUAUUGAAGUUGUUAUCGUUGUUUGUUCACCCUUUUUUUCUAGUUUUUUAUGAUUACUUUUUAUGAUUAAUUAAGUUAUAAGAUCGAAAUUACCAAUGCCAAAGUCUUCUAAAAGCUCUAGAAAGGAGUCAAAAACAGAAAUCUAACACAAAACCUAUUUUAGAUUUAAUCAAUGCAAAUCAUGUGGUACAUGAAGUAGUAGGAAAUAUUUAAAUGUUUUAGAUGUUUUGAAUUAUGAAAUCUUCCAUCUUAACAGAAUGCAAAGCUAUUCUUUCUCUUGCUUUUAGAAUUCUCUGGUAGAAUGAAUUGAAACAUUUGUUAAUUAUCUUUCUCAAAGCUGAUUUUUAUUUUUCUUCUCUUUCUCUGCAUUUUCUCAUUUCUCGACAUUUUCGAAAGACGAUGAAAAUGUAGUUAAGUCUUGAAAAAGAAGAAUCAUGUAAGUGAAAACAAAAAAAAAAAUGAAACUUAUUUAAAAGUGUUAAGAUUAAAAGUUUAAUGUAUUGUUAUCACAAUUAUUUAUGUUCUCAGAAAAGAUGAAAGAUUUUUCAAAUCGAUUGAAUGAAACUUGUAAUUGUAAACUGAAACACAAAAAGAAUUAUAAAAAAAUUAUUAAUGUUUAAGUUCCUCGUAUAAAUUAUGAGAAGAUUUAAAAGAUGAAAUUUAAAAAACAGAUUUUUUUUUUGUUUCCAAUGAUUUUUGUUAUUGUUUUGUUCACCCAACUCAAACCAACAUUUCUAGUCAACAAAGCAACUUUAGGUGUUGUUUUGUUCGUACGCCUCGAAAGACUUUUCUUAUCGUUGAAUAAGUUGACGUUAAAACUUACUGAUAAUCACAUUUUGAGAAUAUCUUUCUCAUGUCUUGUUUUGAGAGGAAACUUUUCGUGCAAUCAUCGCGAGCAUCAGAAACGAACAGCGAAGCAUGACUUUUUAUCGUUGAUAAUUGUUAUCGAUUUUCACUUAGAUGUCUCCCCUUCAUUUAAAAGUUUUUCUCCUCUUCUUCUCUCUCUCUCCCUCCUCCCCCACACACUAUUAUUGAGUCAUUUUCAGUGUCAGAUUAUAUUGCAAUAAUUGCAAGCAAACGAUUUGUACUGUUUAUGGCUUGCUUUUGACAUUUACAUUAACAUUAACAUAAACAUACAAGAAAAUGCAAGUCCGAUAACUAUUAACAGAUAAGUAAGAAAAUUCUUAACGAUUCGAUGUUCGUUUUGUUCAAUAAAACCAAAAAGAGAAAAAAAAAACUUUAUAAAAAAUUAAAUAGCAAAACUUUUCGAAUGAAAAACAAAUUUUUCUCAUUUCGUAUAUUUAUGGUGUCGAUGAAAUUUAAUUGAAGACAAUGUAAUCAUCAUCUUAUGAUUGUACGACUUAUGACGGUGAUUUCAGUCGGAUUUAAUCAAGGGAAUAUCAUAGAAUUUUGUCAUUUGAUUUUGACUUAAAUCACUGCAUCAAGCCACCAAUCAUCACAACAAAUAUGAACUCAAAAUCAAACCAUUUGAAUAAAAAUUUAAUAUUUGUGUAUCAAAAAAGAAAAUUAUUAAAAAAAAAUCGCGGUUAAAUCACCCACAAAAAAAAAGAGAAAGGAAGAUGAAAUUUAAAUCAUUUUUAAAUCAUUAUUGAAAUAUUUUAAAUUUAUCUGCUAGUUGAUAAGAGACAACCUUCAAAAUUUUAACACAACACUACUGAAAGAACUUAUUAAAGAGGAAUUUAAGAAUAUUUUUUCAUACAAUAAUCGUCCAAAAAAAGAAAAACAAAAUUCAUAAAGUAAAAAGUGUUAAAUUUUACUGAAAUUUCUUUCCCUUAAAUAAGAAAAAUCUAAAAAUGAGAUGAAAAUUUUUCGAAAUUCGAAGAAACUAUACGCUUUAAUAUAUGGAAUAAAACUUUACAUUAAUUUCGAGUAUCUUUCAACUUACCACAUUUAUUUAUUAAGACAAAUUACCAUUAAAAAUUAAAUGAAUGAUUUGAGGAGUGGAUUUAACUGUUUCAUAAUUCAUUUGACUUUCUUUCAAGCUAUAAAAAAUAUUAAUUUAAAUGCAAAUGUCACACUUUUUCAUUGGAAACAUAUUAACCAUCAAAAACAGAAUGAAAGUAACAAAGACCCAAUCAUACGACAUCCCAAUGUAAGAUUAUAAGUUUACUUUACAUUUUACAUCCUCAGAACGCUGGUUAGAGCUUUCAAUUCAAUUUACUUCAUAGACCGUUUAGAUACUGUUUGCAAGCAGAUCGUCUCAGAGUUUUAACCAACGAAAUCGUGUUAUGAAGAUUUACAUAAAUAUUAUAAAAUGUUAUGCAUCGCCAGCGGAUAAUUCAUUUCUCUUAUUCUAUAACUCUAUCUAUCUCUCUUUCUCUCUCUCUAUUUACCUUUCUCUAUCCCCUGCUUUAUAUCUUUGUACCUCAUCAUUUUUAUUACAAUUUGAAAAAGAAAAAUAUUAAUAACUUAGGAUAAAUGAUGGUAAUAUCAAGAAGAAGAAGAUGAUGAUGAAGAUGAUUAUGAUUCGUUUAACUUCUCAUUCGGUAAAGAAUGAAAAUGAAUUAAAUGAUGGUGAAAAACGAACCACACAUAUAUACACAAACACACAUAACACAUAAUAAUUCUCAAUUUCUAUCUUAACAAUAAGGAACAUAAAACAAACAUUUGAAAAAAAAAGAUAAAAGGAAUUAAACAUUAACAGUGGCUAAAUUAAGAUAAAAAAUUAACAUUAUAAAUGAAUGAAAAAAGAAAUAAGUUUAAGAAUUCCUUAAUUUUAAUUUAAAUAAAUAAAAAGGAAACAAAAGAAAAAAACAACAUAAAACAAUCUAUUUUAACUAUUCAUUAAUUGAAUGAUAAAAUGAAAUGAAAAACUAUUGAAUAAAUUUAAUUUAAAUGACAAAAAAAAAACUAAAAAAAUCUAGGUAUAUUUAACAUAUUUUCAAAAUGAAGAGACAAAAAUUGAUCUUUAAAUCUUUUUUGAAUGAAACUUGGUUACUAAAGAGUUAAAAAAUUGUUUAUGGAGUUAAAAUUUGAAGUGAAAAAGAAAAGUUUUUUUCCUUUAAUUCCGCUUCGAGGCAUAUUCUAUCAGUGGUCAAAAGUUUUAACAAAAUAUUUGAAAGCAAACUGUCAGACCACUGAAAAUGUUCACUGAAUAUGACUGCAUUAUUCUUCUUACCAAUCCUUCCUCUUUCCCUUCCUAAUCAUCGAUGAAAUGAUAAAUUAACUAUAACAUGUAAAAGCAUAUUGUUUACUUGUGAAAUGAUUUUUUUUAUAAAUUAUUUCGUGAAAUAAAGAAACAACUAACAAUUUCUUUUUGCCAUUGAAAUA